AUGGGACUUACUUCUGAUGAUUUGCUUGAUUCCCACCGGCAACUUUAUUAUGGCUCAUCUACCAAAAGAUUCCCCUCUAUAGGAGACUCUUCACAGAACGCUACUUUAGGAACAACAUUAUUACCGGCAUUGAAUCCUGCCCAGAUGGCCUCGGUACUCCCAGUGGCCCGGGUGGCCCCGAUAGCCCCAGUGGCCCCAGUGGCAUUCAUGACCACCACUACUAUACACUCUGCCCCUAUAACAAACCUCCUAUCUACUCCACCUGUGUCUCAGUAUAGGUCCUCUAUUUCCUCAACUUCAACCUCCACCGCCUCCUCUUCCAACUCCUUUUCAUCUUCCUCUACUUUAACUACUACGCCGCAUUCUUCAUCACCUUCGCAACUGCCUUAUUUCUCCUUCUUUAUAGAUGCUCAGAAUAAGUCCUUACUAACCCCUCCAACCGCUUCUAAUCAUCCCGCGCUCAACAGCUUCUCGUCCUCUUCAAAUAUCUCCGCUCAUAUCCUUCGUUGUAAGCAGUGUCACAACCAUAUUUGCACCAAUAAACUUGUCAUCUCCACUAAUUUCUAUGGAAAUUAUGGUCCUGCCUUAUUCGUUUCAAAGGUGUUGAAUAUCAAGUUAGGAGAUUCUGAGGAGUUCAAGAAAAUGAGAACCGGUAAGUACGAGGUCAAAACUAUUUAUUGUAAGCAAUGUGACGUUAAUCUUGGUUGGAAAUACCUCUAUAGUGAACAAGAAGGAGAGAAGUAUAAGGAGGAUAAGUUUGUCAUCGAAAGGUCGCUUCUGGAAGAGGCUGACUAUUAG